AUGAAACCUAAAGGAACUCGCUCUCUUUCUGCUUGCAUUCAAUGUAGAAGAGCAAAAAUAAAAUGCACUAACUUCAAUUCCAAAGUUGGAUGUAAUGAAUGUGAAAAACGUCAAUUGAAAUGUAUAGUGGAUCCAUACCGUAAAAAACGCGGUCCAAAACCAAAGAUCCACAUCACGCCUACUUCACAACUGCCAAAUACAAUUAACUUUGAUUUAAAGGUAUCCGGAUUAAAUGAAGCAUACGAUUUCGGGAAUAACAUGGUAUACGAUGUUCAACCAUCAGAAGUUAAACCUACAUUAUCAACCAGAUGUAUAAGUUGUGUGAAAGGAAAAAAAUUAUGUAAAGGUGGUGUUCCCGGACUUUUUAAAUGUGAUAGGUGCCAAAAAAAGAGCGGUUGUAUAUUCCAGUGUGCUGAAGUUUAUCUUGAUAUAUUUGACAUAACAUUUAGAAUUAAUCAUUUUUAUCAAUUAGAUCCUCCUGAAAGUGUUUCUUCAAAGUAUGAUAUAGUCAUGGAUGCGAUUAGUCAAAAAUCCUACCUUCGUCAUUACAAUUGUAACCAUAAAAUAGAAAUCACCUCUGCUCUAUUAGAUGCAAUGAUUAGCUCCUAUAAAACUCUUAAUCCAACUUAUGUAAUGCCAACUUACUCCGCAGAUGACAUAUUUAAAUUUUCAAAUCUUCAUGGUCAGACUGAGGAAAGUUAUGCAAGUGACUUCUCAGAGAUUGAUUUCACAUCAUCCAUGGUACUGGAUGCCUAUGGUCCUCAAUUUAACGUUCAUCACCCUGUCGAUUCUCAUUUUAACGUUUAUGAAAAUGUCGAUCAUUAUUAUCAACCUGUUCUGACUCAUAAUACAAAUUUUUUACCAUUACACCUCACUCAUUAA